AUCUUUACUAUGGUCACAGGUCUAUUCUACUCAUUUUGGGGAAGCAAAUAAACUGCUUCCUUUUGUUCAUGGCGGUGUUGUUUGGUCUGGCUGAGGAGACCACCUGUUGUAGUUCAGCCUGAGAUCUGUCCCUCAUCUCCAUAAUGUAGCGGAUUUGGCUCAUUGUUGAUACAUAAUGCUAAGCUUCAGCUUGCUGGAAAUAUGCAGAUACGUUUUUGACGUGUUGGCUGUGGGUAGUGAAGACCUAGAAAGUCGGGUUAAAAGGGAAAAUAUUUCCAAAUCCUGCUUCCUUCUGUUAAGCUUUUGUUCUUUUUUCUUGUAGCGUGUGGAUCUGCCCCGCUUGCUUCCAAGCGAGGUUGAAAACUGGUGUCCUCGUUUACCCUGGAGAGCAAAACAUCUGAAUGAAGCAACUGAUCAGAAGACACUUGCCAAAAUAAGAACCAAUUUUGAUUUGUUAUACAAAAUGAUGUCUAGACAUGAAGCAUUCAAGUGGAUGCUGCUGCGAAUCAGGAGAAUGGCUGAUACAUGGAUAGAAGCAAUAAAAUCAUUUGCUGUUAAACAAAACCUGGAGAGAAGACAAAAAGGAAUCCUCAUUCAUCUGGGACUUCUGACAAAAGAAUCAAGGUUCACGAUAGCAGAGGAUGCAUUUAGUGGCGGUCCACUUGGUGAAUUAGUCCAGUGGAGUGAUUUAAUUACUUCUCUCUAUUUACUGGGCCACGACAUUAGGAUUUCAUCUUCACUGGCAGAGCUCAUGGAGAUUAUAAAUGAGAUUGGUAACAGGACUAGUAGCUGGUCUGGCUGCCCAAUGCAUGGGGAUAAAGUAAUAGAACUUAUUUACAUUGACAUAGCUGGACUUGCUCAAUUUAAGAGGCUCUUUGGACCAUUGUGGAUUCCCUUUCGGUGCAUGUUCCGUGUGCUUGAUUCUUUUGGGACUGAACCAGAGUUUAACAAUGUUUAUUAUGCCAGGUCUAAAGGCCACGAGACACCAUGGGGAAAACUGAACCUUAAUCCACAACAGUUCUACACAAUGUAUCCUCACACUCCAAGCAAUAGCUUCCUUGGCUUUGUAGCAGAACAGUAUUUAAACUCCAAUAAUAUCAGUGUCAUCAAAAGGCAGAAUCAAUCGCUUGUUUAUGGCAAAGUUGACAGUUUCUGGAAAGAUAAGAAGUCUUAUUUGGAUGUUAUUCACACAUAUACAGAAGUCCAUGGAACUGUUAAGAGUACAAGCAUUGGCUACAUGCCCAGCUAUGUUAAAAACCACGGCAUCCUCAGUGGCCAAGAUUUACAGUUUUUGCUGAGAAAGACAAAGCUCUUUGUUGGACUUGGCUUUCCAUAUGAGGGGCCUGCUCCUGUGGAGGCUAUUGCAAAUGGAUGUGCUUUUCUGAAUCCAAAGUUUAAUCCACCAAAAAGCAGAAAAAACACAGACUUCUUCAAAGAAAAGCCAACCUUCAGAGAGUUGACAUCUCAACAUCCAUAUGCUGAAGUUUACAUUGGAAAACCAAAUGUCUGGACUGUAGACAUCAAUGAUCUUUCUGAAGUUGAGAAAGCAGUAAAGGCAAUUUUGAAUAAAAAAAUUGAACCUUACCUGCCCUAUGAAUUUACAUGUGAAGGGAUGCUCCAGAGAAUUAGUAUUUUCAUAGAGAAACAAGAUUUCUGCUACAAGCAAAUGAUGUGGCCCCCUUUAAGUGCCCUCCAGGUUAAAAUUGCUGGGCCUGGGAAAUCAUGUAAGCAGGUUUGUCAAGAAAAUCAGCUUAUCUGUGAGCCAUCCUUCUUCAAUCAUCUUAACAUGAAAAAAACCCUCCUGAAAUACAGCAUUGAAUGCCAUACAGCUGAGUAUGCACGUGAUAUUGUGGUCCCAUUCUUUGACGAAAGGAGAAAGCACUGUGUUUUCCAGGUUGAUCCAUUGUUGUUCAGUUGUGCAGGAUCCCAUCCAAACCACAAAAGAAUCUGCCCUUGUAGAGACUACCUAAAUGGACAGGUUGCACUUUGUAAAGACUGUUUAUAGCAGCAACUCACAUGACUUUAUCAAGAGACAAAAUGGCUUGGAGAGAGCUACUGCCAUUUCUUUCACCAGUUGAAUAAUUGCAAGUAGAACAAUUGCUGAAGAGCAGAAAUCUGUAGCAAGAUGGAACAGAUGCUAAAUAAUUAAAAAAAUAAAAAGCUCCUUUACUGGCCACCCUUGCUACUACUAUACAAAAGUACACUAAGAAUUUUUAUUUUUAUUUCUUACCAUAACAAAAGAAAAUCCUUUCCAGACAGACUGCCAUCCUUGAGGACAUGGCGGAACUGAAGUUGUUUGACUGUGGACUGCUAUCACCAUUGCAGGGCCUUCACAGACAAUGCAUCUAUGCCAUGGCAUACAAGAUCAUUACAGGAGGAAAAACAGACAAAUGCUCCUUUGGAAUGGGGUAAAAAAAUUGUAGCCCACAGACUAACCUUUAGCUAUUCACUCUCCCUCCCUCUUGCAUUUGCCCUCAGUCAUGUUGUUAAUGUAGCCAAAUCUGACUGGCUAUGUAAUGACAUCAUUGUUA